AUGCGGUGGUUCAAGAUCCUCGCUGCCUCGCUGCUGCCUUUUACAGCUCUGGCAGCCAAGAAAGCCUCGGGCGACCGCUUCGAUGACGCUCGCGCAAAGGCGCUUUCCACGGGCCGCACGCUCAAGCUCAACGAUGCCAGCUACACACAGCUCACAAAGGCCCCGCGCGACUACGCCGUCACCGUCCUGCUCACGGCACUGGAAGCCCGCUUUGGAUGUGCGCUCUGCCGCGACUUCCAGCCCGAGUGGGAUCUGCUGGGCAACAGCUGGGUGAAGGGCGACCACAACGGACAGUCGAGACUGGUAUUCGGUACAUUGGACUUUACCGACGGACGAAACGUAUUCCAAUCGUUGAUGCUUCAAACCGCUCCUGUGCUGCUCUACUUCCACCCUACCGCUGGCCCCAACGCAAAGCCCGACGCUCAACCCGUCCGCUUCGACUUCACCGGCGGCCCACAGACUGCCGAACAAAUCCAUGCCUGGGUCGCGCGCCAGGUCCCCGAUGGCCUUCCCAAGCCAUCCGUGUCCCGCCCCAUCAACUGGAUCAAGGUGAUUUCGGUCACCACUGCUGUGCUGGGAUCCUUCACGGCUCUCUUUGUAGCCUGGCCAUACAUGAUUCCGUUCCUUCAGAACCGCAACCUGUGGGCGGCGCUCAGUCUGAUUGCCGUGCUGCUCUUCACCAGCGGCCACAUGUUCAAUCACAUCAGGAAGACGCCGUACGUGGCUGGAGGCCAGAACGGUGCCAUCACGUACUUUGCGGGUGGAUUCAGCAACCAGUACGGUCUCGAGUCGCAGAUUGUCGCAGCCAUGUACGGUGUGCUCGCUUUUGCAGCCAUUUCGCUGGCGGUCAAGGUGCCCAGGAUCCAGGAUGCGCGCGCCCAGUCGUUUGCCGUGUUGCUCUGGUCAGGUGUCAUCUUUGGCAUGUACAGCUUCCUCAUGAGCUGCUUCCGCGUGAAGAACGGCUCGUAUCCCUUCUGGCUGCCCCCCUUUUAG